CGUGCGUAGGUGGUAUUCGCUGAAUGUCAGUAGACAGAGCUUUACCUUCUGUAGGUUUCGUUUUCCCUUUCUUUUGUUUUCUCAGAUGAAAAACAAAUUUCCUGUGGCGAGGCUGCUGAAACAGGGCAUCACCUUCUACAGAAGUGUUGGGUGUUUUCCUGUGGGAAAACCGAUUUGUUGCUCUAUGUGAACUUUUAACAAAAAAAAUCAUAACAACAUUCGAACGAUUAAAUUCCUUAGUCAUAAGUUAAUUAGAAACAAAAUCAAUGUAUUAUAAUAAAAUGUCAUAGCUCACUACAGAGGAAUUUUAACUAAUCAAACAUACAUGUGUUUUUCAAAUAUAUUUUAAACGCCACAAUAUGUGCGAUUUGGAUACCUCUCAGUUGCCGUAGAGAAAACCACGCGCAUGCGCCUUUCCGUUUCUUUUGGAUCAGCAAUGGCGGCCUCCUUCACCGUGUGCAGGUUACAUAUGAUAGGAAGAGGCAGCCUAGCGAAGUGUCUUCAGAAGGUCGAUACAUUUCUUCACAGGAAUAUUGGAACAAACGUUGUUGCUGUGCAAGAAAAGAAUGGAUUCAAAUCUUUGUAUGCUGUCCAGGCUGAGAGACAAGAACAGGCAGAGAGAUCUGUUCUCAUCAGCUGCCACUCAAGAACCAAUGAGAAAAAGUUCCUCAAGCACAUGUCAAAACACGGAGAUAUCAAAAAAUACUUCUUUUAUGAAAGCUAUGGUAUGUAUGCUGUGGUAGAAUAUGCCAACCAGGAAAGUGUUGCCUCAUUAUUUGAAGGGACUGCCAUCCCUAGCAUCAGCCAUGAAUCCCUGGUGCCUUUUAAAUCAAGACUGCUGUCACUGAGGAGCCUUGACUCAGCGGAUUUACCGAACCAGCCAUCCGGCAAAAAGCGCCAAGCACAAACCAGCAUUCCCAUCAACGAGCUAAUACAGAGGCUGGCGAAAGAGGAAAGUAUAGACCAACAGAUAACCUCCCUGACAGAAGCUUAUCAGCUAACAGAGGAAAACUGCCGACUGCGCUUCCUCGUCUGCUCUCUGCUCAAGGACAUUGCUGCUGCUUUUUUCCCAGAAUGCACCAUCAAGCCAUUUGGCUCAUCAGUGAACGGCUUUGGAAAGCUGGGCUGUGACCUGGACAUGUUUCUGGACUUGGAUAGCAUCAGUGGGAGAAAUGCAACAAUGCCAAAAUCCGGUCUGCUCCUGGAGUACCAGAUGAAGAGGGCCAACUCGGAGCGGAACGUCACCCAGAACAUCCUGUCGGUCAUCGGGGAGUGUGUGGACCAAUUUGGGCCCGGGUGUGUGGGGGUGCAGAAGAUUCUCAACGCACGAUGCCCCUUGGUCCGUUUCGCCCACCAGCCCUCCGGCUUUCAGUGUGACCUCACAGCCAACAACAGGGUGGCGAUGAAGAGCACCGAGCUGCUCUAUCUGUAUGGAGAGCUGGACCCACGGGUGCGUCACCUGGUGUUCACCGUGCGCUGUUGGGCUCGAGCUCACAGCAUCACCAGCAGCAUCCCCGGGGCCUGGAUCUCCAACUUCUCCCUCACCGUCAUGGUGCUGUUCUUCCUGCAGAGGAGGAGCCCUCCCAUCAUCCCAACCCUGGACCACCUCAGGGACCUUGCAGGUCCCGAGGACAAGAGCGUGAUUGAGGACAACGACUGCACGUUUGUCAGCGACUUCACUAAGAUCCAGCUCGAGAGCAACACAGAAACACUGGAGCAACUGCUGUGUGAAUUCUUUGAGUUCUACGCUGCCUUUUCAUUCAGAACGCGGUCGAUUAAUAUCAGAAAGGGCAAAGAGCAGAACAAGCCUGAGGUAGCCCCGCUGCACAUCCAGAACCCAUUCGAAACCACUCUGAAUGUCAGCAAGAACGUCAACGCCACACAGCUAGAUCGCUUUGUGGCUUUGUGUCAGGAGAGCUCCUGGCUGCUCCAGCAGAAUAAAACCGCCCAAUCCGGAGUUGGUACUAAAGGAAAGGCUAUCACACCUUGGGGACUAUCCACCCUCCUUCUGCCCUCCCAGGUUGCAGCGAUCAAAAGUCGCAAGAGACGGAAAUGGGAGCCGGCAAGCGAGAGGAUCAAGAGCUUGCUGGAAUCCUUGAAGGAUAACAACAAUCAGCAAAAUAAAAGUUAGACUCUUUGAGGUCUCCGAAAACAACUUCAUCGUUUUAACAUCGCUUUAGCUAAUGCUUUGGUAAACUCCACCGAGGAAUGCCAGUAGCAGCUUUAGCAAUUCAGGUCAUCUGCUGGACCGUGCUCGACAAAAGUUCCCAACAUGGACACUGGAGGGUGUCAUUGAGGCCUGUAUGUGCAUAUGUUUGGGACCUGCAAAAAGGGAGUUAUUACUAUGUACUGUUGUGUGGACUCCCUAUUGUGUUGUAAUUAAAGCAAAUUCUGUGUAAACUUA